GGGUUCUGCACGAGAAUCAGGAACUGAGGUUUAUUUGCAAAAUAAACCUGGUCGACGCGCUGCGCUAGGCAUCUUGGAGUAACGUUGCAACUUUCGUGUAAAGUUCGAACGUUUGGUAUCGUAGUAGAACUUUGGCCGGCUUUUCGUUCUUGCGUAGCUUUCCGUUCCGCCAAUCGACCCGGCCAUGGCAGCAGGUGAAGCGCAACUAUUGUUCGAAUUGCGAAAUGUUGGGUACGAUGGACCGUUUCUGGAUCAAAACUAUGCAUCCACCGCCAUACUGGCCGGCACGCAGAGUGGCGAGUUCCAGGACGUCGUGAUUUGGCUGACGGAGGAAAUCCGCGUACUGGGCAAGCUGGACGAACGCAUCACCAAGAGCGAAGACUCGAACACCUUCGUGUGGGAACUGUCGAGCUUUCUGAAGGAACUCACGUGUCCCUACACCAGCCUCACGGUGGGUCACGUUUCCGACCGUUUGCAAACGCUCGAAGCUAAACUGCUGCUGCUCGACUACCUGGUGAACGAGCUGAUGGCCCUGAAGAUGCUAGAAGCGUUGAAACCGAAGGAAAAAUCGACCGUAAUCACCCUGCACGAAUCGCCGACGGCCGCGGCAUUGAAGGACAUCUGUAUUACGCUCGGCAUGGGCAAACCGCCGAACAAUGUGCCACCGAAGAUGCUGUUCGAGAAGAUCAACUCCCACCUGGACGACAUGGUACGCACCGAGGGCGAGAAUAGACUCAGCAAGCCACUGUUCAACCCAAAGGAGCGCCUUACGGCCGACCAGUGGGCCAAGUUGGAGCGCAUACAAAAAGAGCUGGACCAUGAGUACGAUCUGCGGCGUACGAUGUUGCUGACCCGGCUGGACGUUACGAUUCAGAGCUUCAGGUGGUCGAACCGGGCCAAAGAUAAAGAGGGUACGAUUGCGGAGCGGUACGCGGAGAAGCGCAAAAUGCUCGACGCCCUGCAAGCAGGUGGGCGGGAUACGGACAUUGCGGCGCUACUCGCGGCGCGCGAAACCCUGGCCAUCAUCGAAAAAACGAGCAGCGCAUCGGUGCGAAAGAACACGAAGAGCAAAAUCCAGCGACACAUCAUCGGACUGGUGCCGGAUCGUGGCGGACGGGCGUACGAGCACAAAGCACCGGCCCUUGAAAUGCCCUCCUGGCAAACGCAGCGCAGUACUGGCGGCGGUGGUGGCGGCGGCCGCGGUGGUUUCGGAGGAGGAAGGGGUGGACGUGGUGGCGGCGGAGGUUUCCAGCAACAACACUCUAAUUACUCCAACAAAGGAUACAACCAAGGCAAUGGCAACGGUGGCCAAGGAUUCUAUCAAGGAGGCCGCGGAGGAUACAACAAUCAAGGUGGCGGUGGCAAUCAGGCUUCGAGCAGUGGCGGCGGAGGUUACUAUCAAGGUGGUGGCGGAGGAGUUGGCCACACCCAGAACCGCGGAGGUCGGGUGCAGGGAGGCUGGUCACAAUCUCAGCAAGAUUACAAUCACGCUGGAUAUGGUUCUGGAUCGAGUCGUGGCAGUUUUGGCGGUGACCAGCAACAGCAGCACUACAGUGGUAACAGUUCCGGGAACAGUCGCGGAAAUUAUGGCAGCGGUGGUGGCUACGGUGACAACCGGAACAGCUACGACGACUACAACAGUCGCGGUGGUGGUGGCCGAGGGCGGUCAAACUACAACCGGGGCGGUGGUCGGCGUUGACACCAACCGCUCGCUUGUUUGCUGGACAGUUUCUCUAUUCAUUUCCAUACAUAAGCUGUACGCGCUCAGUCUGUAUUUCAUAAGUUCGUUUCCAUUUUAUGUGUCGAGGAAUUGUCGGUGACACAAA